UUCCAUUAAUCUUCUUUUGUUAUCACAUUUUAUUCCUUUUAAAAACCCAAAAAUUACUCGUAUGAAAACAUGAUAAUCAACAAAAAAUUACCACACUCCAACAAUUUAUUAAUCAAGCUUUAACAAUAAAUAAAUAAAUUUACAAAUGGGGAAUUCAUGCACAGGACCAGGACAAGGAUCAGGAUCAGGAUCAGGACCAGGACAAGAUCAAACACGGUCCACAACAACAAAAACCGGCUUCCUCGAAUCUGUUACCGCCGCCGUAUGGCGUUCUCGUUCACCGAAAAACACCGAUCAAAAUCCCGUCCAAAAAUCCCCGCCGGAACAAAUCUUCAUCCCACCUUCUUCCCCAAAAUCAUCAUUAGACCAAAAACAACCUACCCAUGUACGACGAACAUCUAGCAUGGGUAUUCAAGUAGAUUCAGUUUUAGGCAGAAAAACCGGAAAUCUUAAAGAAACAUUCUCUUUAGGAAGAAAACUAGGUCAAGGACAAUUCGGGACAACAUUUUUGUGCAUUGAAAAGAGUACGGGGAAGGAAUUUGCCUGCAAAUCGAUAGCCAAACGUAAAUUGACAACGUCCGAUGAUGUAGAAGAUGUGCGUAGAGAGAUUCAGAUUAUGCAUCAUUUAGCGGGUCACCCCAAUGUGAUUAAUAUUAUAGGUGCGUAUGAGGAUGCGGUGGCUGUUCAUGUUGUAAUGGAUUUGUGUGGAGGUGGGGAGCUUUUUGAUCGGAUUAUACAACGAGGGCAUUAUACGGAAAGGAAAGCUGCUGAGUUGACUCGGUUGAUUGUUGGGGUCGUUGAAGCUUGUCAUUCUUUAGGUGUUCUUCAUAGAGAUUUAAAACCUGAGAAUUUCUUGUUUGUUUCUCAUGAUGAAGACUCUACUUUGAAGACUAUUGAUUUUGGUCUCUCUGCUUUUUUUAAACCAGGUGAAACAUUUACGGAUGUGGUUGGAAGUCCAUACUAUGUUGCACCAGAAGUGUUAAGAAAAUUUUAUGGUCAAGAAUGUGACGUCUGGAGUGCUGGUGUGAUCAUCUAUAUAUUGUUAAGUGGUGUGCCUCCUUUCUGGGAUGAAACGGAACAAGGGAUAUUUGAGCAGGUUUUGAAAGGCGAUCUUGAUUUUGCAUCUGAACCAUGGCCUAGUAUAUCCAAUGGUGCAAAGGACCUUGUGAAACGAAUGCUUGUAAGGGACCCCAAGAAACGACUCACUGCUCAUGAAGUACUUUGCCAUCCUUGGGUUCAGGUUGAUGGUUUGGCUCCAGAUAAGCCUCUUGAUUCUGCUGUUAUUUCUCGUUUGAAACAAUUUUCUGCCAUGAACAAGCUCAAAAAGAUAGCUAUAAGGGUAAUUGCUGAGAACCUUUCUGAAGAGGAGAUUGCAGGCUUGAAACAAAUGUUUAAAAUGAUAGACGCUGAUAACAGUGGACAUAUAACUCUUGAGGAACUUAAAAAAGGAUUGGAAAAAGUUGGUGCUAAUCUUAAUGAUUCUGAAAUUGUGGGGUUGAUGCAAGCAGCUGAUGUUGACAACAGUGGUACGAUAGAUUAUGGCGAGUUUUUAGCUGCAAUGCUCCAUCUAAACAAAAUUCAAAAGGAGGAUCAUCUUUUUGCCGCAUUUUCAUAUUUUGAUAAAGAUGGAAGUGGGUAUAUCACUCCAGACGAGCUCCAGCAGGCUUGUGAACAGUUUGGUUUGGGAGAUGUGCAUUUGGAUGAAAUUAUUCGGGAAGUUGAUCAGGAUAAUGUAAAUGGAUUCACCUAUCUUCUCCAUUGUGUAAUAUUACAUAAAUGUUACUUCACAUUGCACUUGUGUGUGUAUGGCAGGAUGGACGCAUUGACUACAGUGAAUUUGUGGCCAUGAUGCAAGAUACUGGCUUUGGUGUAAAGGGAUUCUCCAGUUUGAAAACUGGCUAGUUUCCUAGUAGAUGGCUUAUUAGUUUUCUUAAGACAACUUGUAAAAUUCAGUCCUAAAUGUUUGUAGAGAUUAGAGAGGAAGAAGGAUGAGUAAGGAGUAGUUCAAAUCUUCUUCCAAGGCCUUAACUGUAAUUAGUUUGAUUCUUCGUUAUGUUCGAAAGUUGAUAUGAUUAUACAAAGGUGAAAUGUUGAACCUACGAGAAUGAUCAAAAAGAAAGUCAAAAGACUUGCAAAGAGCACUAUUAAAUAAGACUUGUGAAGCAUAUCCAAUACUUAAGAACAAGACUACAAAUACUCACUUGAGUAAACAAAAAAACGUAUUCAAUUGUUUCAAAUUUCAAAGGACUAUGUAUAUUAUUUCGAUGAGGAUAAAGAUUUAUAGUUAUUGAUUUUGAAUUAUAAUGAAAUAAAGUAAAACGC